AUCGUAUGCCCACAUAGCGGUCGAACAGGAGGCAUAGGCUACUUCACACUAUCCGACUCAGCGUGUUUCAGAAUCGUUCCUGCACAGCAACACGUAAAACAUGAUAAAGAAAAUGGCACCUACGGAAAAUGAGUUUGAUAUACCAGCCAAGAACUGCUACCGGAUGGUGAUUCUGGGUUCUACCAAAGUUGGCAAGACAGCGAUCGUGUCCCGGUUUCUGUAUGGCAAAUUUGAUGACCAGUACACGCCAACAAUCGAGGACUUUCACAGGAAACUCUACAGUAUCAAAGGAGAUGUUUACCAGCUGGACAUUUUGGAUACAUCUGGAAAUCACCCGUUUCCAGCAAUGCGGAGAUUAUCAAUACUUACAGGUGAUGUCUUUAUCCUGGUGUUCAGCCUGGACAACCGGGAGUCCUUUCAGGAGGUGCAGCGACUCAAGAGGCAGAUUUUCGAAACCAAGUCCUUGCUAAAGAAUAAGACCAAAGAGAACGUGGACGUUCCGUUGGUCAUCUGCGGGAACAAGGGCGACCGUGAGUUCUACCGCGAGGUGCAGAGGGAGGAAAUCGAACAGCUCAUAGCUGGCGACGAUCAGUGCGCCUAUUUCGAGAUCUCUGCCAAAAGAAACACGAACGUGGACCAGAUGUUUCAGCGACUCUUCACGUUGGCCAAACUCCCAAACGAGAUGAGCCCAGACCUGCACAGAAAGGUGUCCGUGCAGUACUGCGACAUGCUGCACAGAAAGUCCCUCAAAAACAAAAAGCCCAAGGACAGUGACGCGUACGGCAUCGUGGCUCCGUUCGCGCGGAGACCGAGCGUGCACAGUGACUUGAUGUACAUAAAAGAGAAGGCCGUUGGCGGUGGCCAGGCCAAGGAUAAGGAGAGGUGCGUAAUAAGCUAAGCGUUCAAACAAGUUGUUUUGAUGCUAUGCUGAAAUGACUUCGGUAACACAGCAGCAGACUGUCUCAGACUGUCACAGUGCUGCAGCCUGGACGGAGUUCCAGAGGGGUUUCCACGGUGCCCAAAGUCUUGCCUGCGAACUCUUCAGGCAACGGCUCGGAGCCAGGAUCCCGCCACAUUUCGCGGACUGCGAGCCUCUGUUCUGUGCCGCACGCGCUUUAAAGCAGAGAGUUAAUUUGUUCCGUUGAGCCAGAGAGCUAUGUGAUGUGGCGUUAAACCUGAAAUGUGUUAAAUAUGCUUGUCUUAACAUCUGCCUUCAUUCCGUUUUGAGAGGAGACUCCGUGGGUCGGAGUAAUCUACAUUGUUAAACAUGACAACAAAUUGUUUACAUUUUUGUUUUCUUACAUUUUAUAUCAGAGAACUGACACUUGAAUGUUUGCUAUCUGAACAAAAAUAUGUGAAUGUAUAUUUAUUCUGAUGUCAACGUUGAUAUUUGCAAUGAAACAAGAAUAUAAUAAUAAUUAAAAAAA